AUGUCAAUAUCCGACUUUCUCAUAAACCUUCCUGAAUACAAGUCCAACUCACAAAGACUACAAUCACUCUAUUCAGACCUCAACCGACAACGGCUUUCCAACCCUGCAGGAUAUUCGGCAAAUAUAGAAUGGUGGAGGCGUACCUUAUCAGAAGUAACUGCCCGUGGCCUCCAACCAGCAGGUGUCUUGGUGCUUAGAGCAGACACAGUACUGGUUGAUUCAUUCAGAUGGGAUAAAGUCGGAAAACCAUUGGGUGUGGGGUAUGCAAUUACGUCUUUAUCGACACCUGCCACUUCGUGUGCUGCCUCGGCUCCAUUCAUUCCUCUCAAGCGUUUUCUGGAACUGUCUGGUUCGAUAUACCUCCCGGAGUCGGGCCUUGCGUACCGUGUAGUAUCGACUCUGUUGGGCCGACCUCUCUGGUGGGGACUUCAACAAGCUGGGCUCGUCGGGGACGAUAUUCGAGAAUCAUGGGGCGAUUUUGUUGUAUUGGCCAAUGUAGAGGCAGCGGCUAAAAAAGUUAUCGAUUAUCAAGGCUCAAAGGGUGCGAUAGGUCCUGCAUCGGCUCUGUAUACAUUUGCCAGCUUCCGACAAACGUUUGGUGACCUUGCUGCUCAGCAUUCUGGCGCCACGUUGUCUGAAGCUGACGUUCGUGUGCUGGUCAAGCAUCUAGAGCGAGACCGUAACUGUAUAGUUGUUGAUCGGCAGGUGGAUGUUAUCAAGUUUGUGGAAGAAGGGUCUUCCGGACGAGAGGGUAUCACCAGUGUCGAUAAAGGUAUUCUUGAGAUGAGUGUUACGUUGACCAAGCUUCAGGAGCAAGUGGAUGAAAUCCAGAAGCGGAUUGAAGAACGCUCGGAAAAGAUUAGUGCUCUCCUGCGCAAGAAACAGAAAGAGUUGGCUUUGUCAAUGCUACGCUCGCGAAAGGAACUGGAGGCACUGCUGAAGCUUCGAUUGGGCGCACUGGAAACGGUACAAACUGCAUUAAUGAAAAUUGAAACCGCAGCGGGAGAUAUUGCAAUCAUGAAAGCGUAUGAAACCUCGACAGCAACUCUCAAGGAGCUUCUUGCCGAUCCACGUCUUCAACGCGAACCAUAUCGACCAGACGAUGGAAACAUGGCCGACGCCCUGGCAGACCACAAGGAGGUCGAAGAGGCUAUUGCUCUUGGGGGCUUACCCUCAGAUCCUACCGAAGACGAAGAACUAGCGCGCGAGCUACAAGAACUUGUUGAGGAGAACGAGCGUGAAGCACAAGAACAGGAGGUUGAACGAAAGAGAGAGGAAAAGACUAUCUCCGACCUGGAGAGGCUCACCGUUCAUACCCCACAGCCGGUCGCAGAAAAGGAAAAGAAAGAGGAGCCUAUGCUUGCUGAAGCUUGA